AUGCACUUCAGCGCCCUCUCUCUUACUCUCGCCCUCUUCGCCUCUUCCGCAGCCGCAGCCUACAACUACACCUGUCCUCCCACCGGCACUGGCGGUGCCUAUCCCACAGGUACGGGCUAUGGCGGGCCUACGGCGAUUCCAUUUGAGGGUGCGGCCCCGGUUAACAAGCUGGCGAGUCCGGUGUUGGGACUCGCGAUCGCGGGCGGUGUUGUGAUGCUGUUUUGA